UUAACAUCUCGAUGGGGAAGCUCAAAACAUACGACGCGGAAGAAAUUCUACAAGCCUGUCAUUCAACCAUUGGGAAUCUGCCGUGGUGGACCUCGUUAGCAAGCACUGCAAGAAACUCAAUCGCUUUAUCUUGGACAGUAGAAUGUAUGACGAGAUCGGCGACGCCUACAAAUUCGAAAGGGUCGAGAAAUUCAUGGAUGAGGUUGAGGAUGACGAUGAGGAAAACUCUCAAACAGAAACCGUGUCAUCAUCACCAACAGACAUCCGAGAUAUUGCAGUAUAUAUGGAUAGGCCAAUUUACCUUGUUUCAUUACUCGUGGACAAUUGUAGAACAUUGCGAGCUCUAAAACGCUUACCAUCUGCAUACGCGACCCAAGACUAUGCCCUAUCCUUGCACAGCUAUUACGCAACGCUCCCAGUCUUCACUGCCUUCGUUUCUCAUGGAACACUGUUUGGAUCAGAAAUUAUUGAUGCAAUUACAAAGUUGAGUCGCAAAAAAAUGCUUGAGAUUGCAGACUGUACAGCAAACGACCACGAGAUGCGCGAACUAUUCCAGACGUUAUCUAGCAAUGAAGAAAACAUACCGAGGUUGGAACGAUUCAAACUAUCCGGUAACAAAGGGACCUCAAGCUGGAAGCAUGAUGUUCUUCUGUGACAAGUUGCAAUCCACCCCUGUAUCGAAUCAAUCGGAUUUGCAGGUAUUGACUGCAUGGACGAUACAAUGCUCACUAAACUA